CGAACGUACAGAAGACAACAAGAGUAUCGAUACUCUUCAUUCUGGCCUAGGAUGAUCUAGCUGUGGGCUAGUAGUCUCAGCUCUAUUCUAUUAUUACUAUAUCAAUUUAUCUCAUUGAGCCACAAUGCUCGAUUUCAUGGACUAUAUCCAACUCAUCUUCGCAGAGGGGACUAACUGGAACCGCGACAAUUCAUACACAUCGCUCACGGCCACAGCUCAGUCCCUCCUCGACUUCUCGACCCCCGAGCGUCUUCGCGUGCAUCUCUCCUCACUCUCCACCCCCCAUUUCGCAACCAGCUACACCCUCGGAACCGUAGGCUUAAUCGACGGCUCAGUCUCCUACCUCUACAGCACCGUCCCCUUCACCAACACCCCAAGUCGAAGCGCCCUGAUCCCCCUCCGCAAACUAUCCCCAGGCUACCGCCAAGUAACACCGCCAACGGCACCCCUCGAAACCUGGGAAUGGGAUUCACCCCUCGACAAUGGCGCACCACCCAGCGACAUCGCCAAAAAGGCAACCCUCCUCCACGCAACCCUCCACCUUCCACCCCCAACAACCCUCAACGCUCUCUUCCUCCGCCGCAUCUCCCCAACAAUGCAACUAACGCUAGCCGUCUGCUCAACCCGCGGCCCUCCGCUCUCCAAAUCCGCCCCGCAGGCCUCCUUCCUCACCCAACUCUCCCACGAUACAGGCAAGUACAGUAACGAAUACCUCUUCAGCACGGACAACGCCCUCUUCGGCUGGCGCGGUCUUUGGAACUUCGGCCCGGACCCCCGUUCAAAAGAUGAUGCCGCACCGCGCCUCUCGCUCCUCUCCGCCGGCGCAGAGGCGUACUAUUCCCCCGUCUCGUCGCUGAUCGGCAUGUCCACCGGUCUGAGGUUCAGUACUUUGCCUGCGGCGACGGAUGUACCUGCGUCUACGGCGACGGGGUCGGCAUCUGCGAAUCAGAGUACCCCGAUUUCUACGUUCCCGUAUACGCUUACAUUGACGUUGACGCCAUUGACGGGGUCGCUGUCAACGACAUAUUCAUUGCGUGCGUCGCCGAAUUUGGCGUUUAGUUCGCGGUUUGGGUUUAAUGUUUAUAGUUGGGAGAGUGAGAUGGUGGCGGGCUGUGAGCUGUGGCGGAGGUCGAGGAAGCGGGUUCCUGUCGAGGAGAAUGAUGGGUUGGAAUGGGCGCGGCGGAAGAUGCGCGCUUCGGAACCACUUCCGCCGCCUUCUCUUCCUACUAUUGCAGCGGAGGCGAAGGGCAGGGAUGACCAGACGGAGGCGACGGAUUCAGUGCUGAAGAUCCGGGUUGAUCAGUCGUGGAAUGUGCGGUUGCUUUGGGAAGGGAGAGUGAAGGAGCUGCUGGUUAGUGCUGGGGUGGGAUUGGGGCCGAGUUCGUUCUCGCCUUCAUCGUGGGCGACUGCUACGACUGGUUCGGGGCAGAGUGGUGGUGGGAGUCCAUCGUAUUGGAGGGGGGUGGGGGUUUCGGUGCUUUAUUCUUCCUGAUUUUUUUUUCUCGGAUUAGAUCUUUGGAGUUGCGGGCGGUUUUUCGUGCGCGUGUAUAGUUUAGAUGUAUUGCAUAGAUGUAUAUAUUUAGAGUUAUGAGCGAGAUAGAUGAACAGCCAAAUAUUUUUUUUUUCGUAAGACCUCUAUAUUCGUUUUAACGUUUGAUUCAUAGAACUAAUUUCAAACCGUGAUAGAUUUGCCGGCACAGGAACCGGAAAAAAGAUUAUAGCCUAUAUUAAUAUCUCGAUCGCUUACAAACGAGCAUUGAUGAUAUCAACGACUGCAAGUGAAUGUUAGUAUUUCAAAAGGCAG